AUGCGAGAAGAGUUCAGCACUCUCGUCCCUCUGUGUACACACGCACUAGCGCUAUCCACUAGGUCAGGAGCGGAAGCGAGAGAAAAACUCACUUUGCAAGAAAAGCUCGCUUACUCCGGGAUUCGUACCCCUGACCUGACCUCUAGAAGGUUUCGAAGUUACCAACUAGACCACAAGGGCGACCGGCAAUUUAAGUACAGAAAAAUCAUCUCCUAUCGCUUCGCCAUCGAACUCGCCAUCAAACGAGGAGGGAGCAGGUGGCGACGAGCUGAACUGGGCUGGUUGACCAUUCGGCGCGAGAAUUUUUAUUUUUUGUCAGACCAAGAACCUUGAGUGCAAUGAGGGAGAAAGCGAGGAACGGACUGGGAAGGACAGCAACGAGAGCGUGUACGGACGGAGCAGGUCGAGUGGCGUUUUGCCCGGGCUGACUACAGCGGCGCCGGAUGGAGCAGUGGCACCGGAGCAUGCGGGCGACAUCGACCCGUGGCGCACGGAUAAACAUUUCUAUCUGUGUUGCCAAUUUUUUCCGUUUUUUUUCUGACUUUCUGUGUUGGUUUUGUGUGAUGACGUCGUAACCGGUUUUUUUGUAGAGACCCGUCAGAGAUGGCGUGGCUAACCCGGGUGCCUUGGUUAUGUGCCUGAUCGUGGAAGACCCCUUCAAUGUGGAACGAUUCUUAGCUAUUGUCGAUAUUUUCACUGCGUGCCUAACACAGACGAUCGGGAGAGGUUCGGGUGAUUGUCCAUUGCAAUCAUGGCUUUGGUUGGUUGUUCUUUUUCACUGUACGUCCGCAGACACAUUCUGACAGCACUUCAGACAGCAGCUUUGUGCCCCGCCAGCUUCUUGUUCCAUGCCUACCAUGGUGUUUUUGUACAGACAGCACUUCAGACAGCAUUAUGCUGUAGUCGGCAAUCUUCCGUUUUGGUAUAGAGUGGGACAGGGAGGGGGUGAUGCUACUGUAGUCGAACGGUGGGACGGACGUGCAGUUCAGUUUUUGGGCACGCAUACGGUGCUGCAGGGAUUUUUAGGUGUACUUCUUCGGGCUCUUGGAUACCUUUUUCUCGUUAUAUGUGUGCGUGUUCUUUAGAUCCU